GGCGGGCCUCGGCCGCUCCUCCCCGGGUCUUCCGGGCCCUGCUGCUCCGCCUGGGUCGGGACCCCACCGCACCCGUUGGCCUCGCGGAGCUCCGGGCGGCGCGGCCGGCGCGCCUUUGUUCCGGCGGCGGCGGCGGAGCCAGAAGAGGCGGGCGAGGCUCUGCGCCGCAGGCCGGGCGGGGCGGCGGGUGGGAGGAACCCCGCGAUCUCGCCGAUCCUUAGACAGUGCGAUGCCCGACGGGGAAGCGACCCCUGCUGCAGCGGUGUUGUCUCGGGGCCGUGCAUCCCGCGUGCACGGCCUGGCGCCUACUGUUGCCGUGGCGGUGGCGGGCGGGGCUUAGGCCGGGCCCGCCGUGGCCGGCUCCAGUAGCGAACCCGGGUCUGCAGACGGGCUCCCAUCCCUCAAAAGCUGUGCCUGCGCGCGUCCUCUGCCGUCCCUCGGGAUCGUGGCGGGGGACAGUCCCGGUCCUCCUGGGGAAUUUCAAUACAAGAUCCCAGAGAUCGACUUGUAACUCUCCUGUCCACCAUGGCCAGGCGCCCGCGGAGCAGCAGAGCAUGGCAUUUUGUCUUGAGUGCAGCCCGCCGAGAUGCGGAUGCCCGGGCUGUCGCUCUGGCAGGGACUGCCAACUGGGGCUACGACUCUGAUGGGCAGCACAGCGACUCAGACUCCGACCCCGAGUGUGCGUCCCUGCCGUCGUCCAUCCCCAGCGCCGUGCCUGUGACCGGGGAGUCCUUCUGCGACUGUGACAGCCAGAGCGAGGCCUUCUGCGGCAGCCUGCACACUGCCCACCGGGGGCGGGACUGCCGCUGCGGCGAGGAGGAUGAGCAUUUCGACUGGGUCUGGGAUGACCUGAACAAGUCCUCAGCCACCCUGCUGAGCUGUGACAACCGGAAGGUCAGCUUCCACAUGGAGUACAGCUGCGGCACGGCGGCCAUCCGGGGCACCAAGGAGCUGGGGGAGGGCCAGCACUUCUGGGAGAUCAAGAUGACGUCGCCCGUCUAUGGCACCGACAUGGUGAGUAGCCGGCGGGGCCGGGAGGCGGGGGUGCUGCCAGGCGCCUCGGUCCCCUGCCCCCUCUGCCCGCGCCCCUGUUCCCAGAUGGUGGGCAUCGGGACGUCGGAUGUGGACCUGGACAAGUACCACCACACGUUUUGCAGCCUACUCGGCCGGGACGAGGACAGCUGGGGCCUCUCCUACACGGGCCUCCUCCAUCACAAGGGCGACAAGACGAGCUUCUCCUCGAGGUUCGGCCAGGGCUCCAUCAUCGGCGUGCACCUGGACACCUGGCACGGGACGCUGACCUUUUUCAAGAACAGGAAGUGCAUAGGUGUGGCGGCCACGCAGCUGCAGAACAAGAGGUUCUACCCAAUGGUGUGCUCCACGGCGGCCAAGAGCAGCAUGAAGGUGAUCCGCUCGUGCGCCAGCGUUACCUCCCUGCAGUACCUGUGCUGCUUCCGCCUGCGCCAGCUGCGGCCCGGUUCAGGGGACACGCUCGAGGGCCUGCCCCUGCCGCCCGGCCUCAAGCAGGUGCUGCACCACAAGCUGGGCUGGGUCCUGAGCAUGAGCCGCCAGCCCCCGGCACCCUCGCCCGCGGCCAACGGCCCCGAGCCCCGGAGCUGCCAGCGGAAGCGCUGCCGAAGGACCUAGCCUGCUCCCUCAUCAAGACCCCCCCCUGGGGCUGGGACAGUGGGUCCCUGCCCCUGCCUGUGGACUGCCCCAGGGCCGCCGAGGGGAGGACCGAGCUGAGGUUUGUCCCGCUGCCCCUCUGCUGCCUGAGGCUGGGACGGGCCUCGCUGCAGGGGCUCCGGGCUGUCAACCCUGUGACCCCAAGACCCAGCCUGUCUGCUCCAGUGCUGGGCGUGAGAACAGCUGCUGCCCCAGCGCAUCUGGGUUCAGGUCUGGGGGGCUGGCAGGGGAGGGGCUGUGGGGCUGUGGGCUGCUGCCUGCAAGGAGGAUGCUCCUUGAGAGGUUGGCUCUCCUGCCACCACCGGCCUCAGGUUUUUCUUAAUUUGCUUUGCAUGUUGUCAGCUCUGUUCCUCCUGUCUGAGGCUGAAAGCGACCAUAAUAAACUCUUAAGUCUGAUGUC